GCUUACAGGAAAUGUUGAGUUCCUCAGCCCGCUGUCUAUGGUACACGCCUGUCCGUGUUGUCUUCAUCAAAUUUGCCCCAACAUAUCGCUGGUCCAGAGAGUGGAUGCUGCCAUCACGUCCUGCUGGUCUCCAUCCUCCCAUUUCCAGCUGAGCCUCAACUCCGAAUGUUUGCGUGUGUGUGCAAGUCGAUGCCCACCAUGUCCUCGUGUCCCUCAACGCUCCAGCUGACUCUAUUGGUGUGUCUUGGCCUCCUCUGUCUGCUGCUCUUCACUGACUCUACAGGAUCUAAGGGCCCAGCCCAGCCCCUGAACACAACACAAGCUAACUGCUCUGCUGCUCACAUUAAUGGAGGUAUUUGUUCCCCGGGUGAUAAUGGUGAUGUCAGUGAAAAUGCAACCGCUGGGCCCUUAAAAGCCAAACAGGAGGACCAGUUUCCCACCAACUCGUCUUUGCCCACCAGCCACACCUCGGUCAGCCGCGCGUUAAACGACUCUGUAGCGCCACCCCCGCCUUCUACCACCACAGGCUUGGCCACGCAGGCGGCUCACAGUGGAACCACCACCAGCAGCACCGGUGCUGCUACAGCCGCAGCUAUACAGCCUGCUGGGACUUCUGCUGCCACAACAGCGACGUCUACAACCCUAAUGACUACAAAAACAACAGCAAUAACUACACCACGGUCUGCUGCUGCAACAGCAACGUCCACAACACUGACUACAAAAACAACGGCAAUAACUACACCACGGUCUGCUGCUGCAACAGCAACGUCCACAACACUGACUACAAAAACAACAGCAAUAAGUACACCAUCCGCUGCUCCAACAGCAACGUCCACAACACUGACUACAAAAACAACAGCAAUAAGUACACCAUCCGCUGCUCCAACAGCAACGUCCACAACACUGACUUUAGAAGCAACAGCAAUAAUUCCACCGUCAGCUGCUACAGCAGCGGCGUCUACAACACCACCAGUAGCAGAAACAUCGAAAGCCGCACAUCCCGAGACCUCUGUAAAAGCAAAAACUGGACUUACAACGGCUAACCCAACCGUUGCUAUGACUACAACCAAUGGUACAAAGAUUUCCCCUCCACCACCAUCAGCUGCCACGCCACAUCACACCCGGAGUACUGGGAAGCCACCAGUUCAGACCUCUCUAUCCAAAGGACCUACUACCAGUCCCAGCAGGCCGACUGGUCGCAGCGCGCCUGUCGCCCCGGGACCCAGAGUUCCCGCGGUGGACGUGGCGGGGGCUCCUCUAACCAAGCAGCUGGUGGACACGGCGUCCUUGCUGUCCGUGCUGCUCUUCGGCCUGCUCUUCUUCCUGGUCACGGUGGCCGUGUUUGUCACGCAGGCCUACGAGAGCUACCGGAGGAAGGACUACACCCAGGUGGACUACCUGAUCAACGGCAUGUACUCCGACUCUGGGGUGUGAGGGAGGGCGAGGAAGAGAAAGCUUGCCGGUUGUUUUUGUGCCAGGAGACGGGAUUGGAAGACGGACUGAGAGGUAAAACGCAGGUGAUCUGAAUUCACGAGGUGAGCUCAUGGAAUAUAGGAAUGGACUAAGCUGACCAGCAUCUCACUGAACUGACCCUGAAGCAGUUGCUGAUCUGUUUCCCUCUUAACAGCUCCACUUAGCGCUUCGUUCGUUCUGCUUUUCCUUCUUUAAUGGUUUGAAUUUCAAGAGCUUGUCCCUGUUUAUUCAAAUGUUGAGCAUCAUAAAUGGAGGUUACGUGGAUGUAACUCGAGUUCUGUGCGUACGUGCAAAGCCCUUUGCUGUUGGCCCGCGAAGGAAUCUUCUCCACAAUGCUGGGCAGACCAGCUGUAGAUGGUUCCAGGGCUGCUGGACCAAUCAGGAGGCUUCCAAGGUGAUAACAAGCUCAAUGUUUCCAAUGUCUGGUGGAAAACAAUCUGUCAAAUUGUUUGUUAUUGUAUCUUUUUAGAUGCAUGUCCUCACACAGAGGUGCAGUGCUCAUUAAAGAAUAGGGAUAUCAACAACAAAAUCAAGUUUAUAUGAAUUUAGACACUAAAUGUAUUUGAGAGGUAACCUUAAUUUUCUAGUAAUGAACUUAGUUUACAUAAGUGACUAAAAUAAAUAACCAGGAUAUUGUUUUCAGACUUCUCGGUCCACCUCGACCCUACUGGAACAGGCACUUCAAUUAGCUUUCUAAAACACAUUACACUGGGAAUGAACUCUGAUGCGUAUCGGGGCUGCAACUAGUGAAUAUUCUUUUUGGCAAUAAUGUGGAUUAUUACCUUUUUAUGAAUGGAGUAGUUGUUUGGUCUCUAAAAGUGGAUCAGUGUUUCCCAAAAGCCUCAGAUGAUCUCCUCAAAUGUCUCGUUUUGUCCACAACUCAAAGAUAUUCAGUUUACUGUCACAGAGAAGAGACUAGAACAAAUUCACAUUAACAAGCUGACAUCACUCAAGUUUCACUGUUUUAAACUGAAAAUGACUCAAACCGAUUAAUUGAUUAUCAAAACAGUUGGAGAAUAAUUUGAUAGUUGACAACUAAUUGAUAAAUGGAUUAAUCUUUGCCGCUGUAAUGCGUGUCAUGAAAGACUCCCACCUGCUGUGUGUGCAAAAUAUCAACAGGGCUGGGCAAUAAUUCAAUAUAAACAUCGAGUCAUGUUGUAUCAUGAGCAUGUGAUCAUAUUGUGUUAGUUUGUCCAAAUUGAGAUUUGAGAAAACUAAAUUAACUUA